CUCAAGACGAGAAGAACUGCGCAUAAAUAGAGCUGUAUAUAUCAAUAAGAAUUGGAAUAGGAAUAGAUUUCCAUAAUGUGGCAUUUGUUAAUGCUGCUCGCGUUGGUGUCGACUGGCGGAGCAUUGAUCUGUACACGUCGUCCGGCAAAUACGGCCACGCCCAAGUCGCCAGUGGAUGAGAACUAUGUGAUAAGCAUAGCUGGAAAUCCGGAAACAUAUAUACUCGGACAGGAGUACAACGUUUCGCUUAAUUCUUUCAAUGGUCAUCGCUACAUCAGCUUUAUUCUGGCAUUGGAGAACGAGAAUGGAGACUUUAACUAUAUGAAUGAUCUGGGUAAAUUCGAGCUCAGCGAUACGAUCGAGACACGUUUCAAUCCCAACUGCAUCAAUAUGGUGGAAAACACAAAUACCAAUCCCAAGACACAUAUGCAUCUCACCUGGACAGCACCCAGUGAGCCGGGCAACGGUUGCAUAUUGAUACGGGCCACAGUGUUGCAACAUCGCGAUGUUUGGCACAUGGACGAUGGAGGAUUAACGCGACGCAUCUGCGAGGAGGUUGUCGACGAUGUGGAAAGCCAGCCAACUAGUUUAUCCUCUGACAAUCCCUGCUGUGCCUGCGACGAGGCACGCUACGAGCUCAUUUUCGAAGGUGUCUGGUCACGAAAUCUACAUCCGAGGCAUUUUCCCGCUCGCGGCUGGGAGACGCGAUUCUGUGAACUCGUUGGCGCUGCCCACAGCUCCGACUAUCGUUUCUGGGAAUCCGGAGCGUUGGCCAGCGAAGGUGUCAAGCAGUAUGCGGAACACUGCACUUCCAGGCUGUUGGAUCGGGAGUUUAGCAUUAACUUUCGGGAUCAAAAGAUACGGACAAUUAUUAAGGCACGUGGACCUUCGUUUCCCAAUCUCAACAGCAAGACGAUGGCAUCGGUACGCGUUGAUCCAGUGCAUCAUAUGAUAUCAUUUGCCUCCAAAAUUGAGCCCUCACCGGAUUGGAUUGUGGGCGUUAGCGGACUGGAGUUGUGUCUGCGCAACUGCACGUGGAUGGACACAAAGGUGAUCAACUUGUAUCCCUGGGAUGUGGGCACGGAUGCAGGUCCCACUUAUACGUCGCCGGAUCAGCCGCAGGUGCCACCGGAUGUAAUAAGACGCAUACGUUCCGACUUUCCCAACGAUCCCCGCUCGCCCUUUUACGAUGAAACAGGUGCACCCAUGAAACCAAUGGCCACACUCACGAUACGACGUCAAAGGAUCUAUGAACGACGCUGCGAGGAUGAAGAAUCCAACAACGAUCCGGAAGUGCCUCGCGAAUGUCAAACGCAUCCCUGGUCCAGUUGGAGUGACUGCUCCUCCAAAUGCGGCGAAGGCAUGCAGUACAGGCGACGUGUGUACAAACAACCAGAGCUGGCCAGGAUUUACAAUUGCAAUGUGCUGCUCUAUGAGGAACGCGCCUGUGAUGGACAAGUCUGUGGUCUGGGCGAGCCAAUGCGCAGUGAUUUCUAUCCGGGAAUGCAGCAGAGGACCACGUAUCAGCAACGCGCCGAGUGUCAGCUAUCGUCCUGGGGACCAUGGAGCAUGUGCAGCGUCACCUGUGGUGAGGGAUAUCAGACGCGUUCUCGUCAAUAUCUCAAUCCUGAAGCCGAGAUCAAAUGCCAGAGCGUGCAUCAAGUAGAGCUGAUGGAUACGCGCAAAUGUGCGGGUGCAUCUUGCUUGGGAAACUUGCCUGGCGAAGAUGGUGAUAACCCAUAUGAUGGGCAGCAACAGAAUAUGCCGCAGUCAGAGAAUGAAUCGCCGUUUAAUGAUAGAAACAAACCGUUUGGCUUUCCUGUCGGCAACUUAAAAGGCAAUCAAUGGGGUCAGGAUGAUGGACAAAUGUCUAUGCCGCGUCAACCGCUGUAUAACCCUACGAGUAACCUAAAGGGCAACCAAUGGGGUCAGGAUGAUGGACAAAUGUCUAUGCCGCGUCAGCCGUCAUAUAAUCCUACGGGUAACCUAAAAGGCAACCAAUGGGGUCAGGAUGAUGGACAAAUGUCUAUGCCGCGUCUACCGUCAUAUAAUCAACGCACAUACGAAUCUAAAAAGAAUCAGGCAACGGAUUAUGGCCAAAUACCGCGUCUACAGGAUUCUGAACGUGCUCCAUAUCAAAGUAGACCAAAUGACAACUAUGAAGUGGAUGAGGGACACUUCUCUGGUCAACGGCGGAAUAACGCCAACAGAGAUUUUGUCGCUGAAUCUGAACGCGAUCCUUGGCAAAGUCCAAUUAAUAAUUACCAAAACUACGGCGGUAGUGGCUUUAAUACAAAUAGUAAUGUGCCUGAAAUCGAUCUGUCCAAGCGCUGCUUUCAAAUGCUUCAAACGACUCCGCGCUGCAAGAAUGAAACAAUUAUGGGCAACUUUUGGUUCUAUAAUUUUUGCACCAAUGAAUGCAUGAUAUUUGCAGUAGAUCCAUGCGAUCGAAAUGUCAACAAGUUCAACAGAUUGGAGGCAUGUGAGGAGUGCCGUCAUCCGGAAUUCCAACAGCUUCAACAGCGUGCCUCUAAAUCACAAGAAUGUCGAGCUAUAAUUCAAUCACGGCAAGCGGAGCAACAGUUUUGGAAGGAGGAAAGAAGACGCAAUAAUUUAAACAGGCGUCGGGGUUGACUAACGAAAAAGAUAUAUUAUAAGCAGUGUAUCAAUUGUAUAAUUAUUGUACUUGCAUAGUUUAGAUUCAAUUAGAUUUAAUUAAUAAAUGAAGCGACUAACUUCAAAA